AUGUCCUACUACACCAGCAACACAAAGGCGCCCGUGGACAAGGGCCGGGGCGUGUGGUCUCGAAUGAAGGAUUUCGGCGGUGUCAAUAUGAGCAUGUCUGCUCUCUCGGUGUCGUCUUCCACUGAUCAGGACGGAGAGACUGAGACUUCGACCGUCGUUCACCAGUCGCUUGUCAAGUUCUACGCCACCAAGACGGGUUCUGUUCCUGAUUGGCUGGAGCCUCCCGGGUCGGAACAUACCGAUUUGUCGCAGUAUCAGAACCAGAAUCAAAACAACCCCUAUGGACAGAGUCAGCAACAGCAGCAAGGGCAAUACUCGAAACGGCCCUCUGUGUCUUCCACGCCUUCUUCUCUACAAGAUAUUUACGCUCGACGAGGCUCUUCGGCUGAGGUGAACCGCGCUCCUCAGCAACAGUCUCAGUACAACUAUCCUCAACAGCAGUACGGAGGUCAAACGGCUUAUGGAGCACAGACAGCGUACGGACGCCCGGCGCAGGGCAAUGGUGGAGGAGCAAACGGUAACCCAGGCAACGACAGAAUGAGGGAGAAGCUAAGACAGCUGGGAAGAAGCCAGAGCCAGACUCAGGGGGGCGUUAGUGGAGAGCCUGCGUGGAGACGGUAA